AUGUCACUGUUAAAAUGUUUUGACAGCUACAUGCUCAUUUUCAGAAAGCCUUUGUCUUUGCCGCACUGCUUGCAGUCACUCUUGCAUUCGUUCCAAUCGAUCACCAAUCCUUCGUUGAAACCCUCACCGGAAAAGCUUUGUACGCUUCUCCUCCCCCCCUCCGAUGAGAUCCGUGCCACUGAGGUCAACACUGUUCUUGCCACCAUCCCAGAAACUUUCGAUGCUCGUACCAAAUGGCCAAAAUGCAAGUCCAUCAAGCUCAUCCGUAAUCAAGCCAACUGUAGAUCAUGCUGGGCUUUCGGUGCUGCUGAGGUUAUUUCUGACCGUAUUUGCAUUGCGACCAAGGGAGCAAGACAACCAAUUAUUUCCCCAAUGGAUAUGGUUGAUUGCUGUGGGAAAUACUGUGGUUAUGGAUGUGACGGAACCUCAGCCUACUAUGUUGGAAUGACUGUUAGUGCCAUCCAAACCGAAAUCAUGACUAAUGGGCCAGUCGUGGGCGUUUUCACCAUGUACGAGGACAUGUACAAGUACAAGAGCGGAGUCUACAGACACACUGCAGGAAGGCUUCUCGGAGGACACGCCAUCAAGAUCAUCGGAUGGGGAACUCAGAACGGAAUUCCAUACUGGCUCAUCGCCAAUUCCUGGGGAACCAAAUGGGGAGAAAACGGAUUCUUCAAGAUUCGUCGUGGAGUCAAUGAAUGUGGAAUUGAAAAUAACGUCGUCGCCGGAAAAGCCGACGUGGAUACUUUGUGA